AUGAACCACAACAAUAAUUUCUCAAAACAUUCACGAGGUAGUCUACAGUCAUACGAAACUCCAAAGUCGCCAUCAAGGUCAACCCGAAGUGUUGAUCCAUUAAGACCUAAUGACACAAUGUUAUCAUCAUCUCCAUCGAGGCGAAGAAAUCAAAAUACAAUUUUUAGCGAUCGAUAUAUACCGAAUCGUAUGGGUGUCGACUUACAAGCAGCAUUCAGUUUAACAAAUGAAGAGGUACUACCGGAUAUACGAAGUAAUAGGAAUGCUGAUAACGAGAUUGAGAUUAGAAAGGAGGAGAAGGCAAAUAGAACUUUCACGACUGUUUUAAAAGCAGAAUUGUUUGGAGAUAACGUGCCAAUGGCAACGGCUGAUUUGACAAGUAAUGUAACAUCAAGUAAUGGAAACAAUAAUAGAGCAAAAGUGUCUAAUCAGCGGCCUGGUAGUACAGGUGCAGGCUCCUUAUCAACAACAGGAACACCACCAAGAACAUCCGCCUCUCUACCUCAUCUACCGGUGUCAGCCGCGUCAUCAACCAGUCAAUUAGGAAAUACGAGUUCAAUAUCCACUUACGAUUCAGACGAUGUUUUGUCUACGCCGCGUCGGAAAACUAAUUUAUUCACCUAUCAAUCACCAAAGAAAUCACGACCAGUGUCGAGAGAUCUACAACAAGAGCUUUACUCUUUAUCGCCAGUUCGACAAGAAUCACAAAAGUUUCUUCUAUCACCACAAAAGAAAGCUCGUGCUAUUGCAAAAGUUCCCUACCGUGUGCUUGAUGCACCCGAACUUUCUGACGACUUUUAUUUGAAUUUGGUUGAUUGGGGACAGCAAGAUGUAUUAGCAGUUGGAUUAGGCGACAGUGUAUAUUUAUGGGAUGGGUCAACUCAAUCGGUUGACCGAUUGUGCAAUUUAUCAAAUAAGGAUAAAGUGACAAGUUUAAACUGGAUUGGUACUGGUACUCAUCUUGCAAUUGGAACUUCAAAAGGUUUGGUUGAAAUCUGGGAUGCAACUAAAAUCAAAUGUAUUAGAACAAUGACGGGACAUUCGUUGCGAGUUAGCUCUUUGGCAUGGAAUGAGCAUAUUUUAUCGAGUGGGUCUAGAGAUAGAACAAUAUUAAAUCGUGAUGUUAGAGUUGAAGACCAUUUUGUCAACAAAUUUGAGAGUCAUAAACAGGAAAUUUGUGGACUCAAAUGGAAUGUUGACGAGAAUAAAUUGGCAAGUGGUGGCAAUGAUAAUAACUUGUUUGUUUGGGAUGGUCUAAACACUAAACCCUUGUAUCAAUUUACUGAACAUACUGCAGCAGUGAAAGCUAUUGCUUGGUCGCCACAUCAAAGAGGGAUUUUGGCCUCUGGUGGAGGAACUGCAGAUAAGACCAUCAAGACAUGGAAUACCUUGACUGGUAAUAUGAUUCAUGAUGUUGAUACCGGAUCACAAGUUUGCAAUUUAAUCUGGUCAAAGAAUUCAAAUGAAAUUGUAUCAACUCAUGGAUACUCAAGAAACCAAAUAAUUGUCUGGAAGUACCCAUCGAUGCAACAAAUUGCCCAGUUGACGGGACAUACAUAUCGUGUCUUGUAUUUAUCGCUUUCACCAGAUGGUGAAACAAUUGUUACAGGUGCUGGUGAUGAAACAUUGCGAUUUUGGAAUGUUUUUGAAAAGAAUAAAAACAACGACUCUCCGUCAUCUGUAUUAUUGGGUGCUUUUCUGCAAAUACGUUAA